UUUCAUUAGAUUGCGAAGCGGUGCACUUGGCUCACUCGAGUAGCAAGGAUAUAAUCUUUGAAAAAUAUAUCGUACAGUCUCCUCCCGCAUGUCCUUCGGUUAAUAUUCCUGUGAAACCUAUGCGGAUACGUGAAAAAUGCCUAUUGUAAAGAAAUUAUCCUUUGAUGCCAAUUGCGAGGAAAAGGAGAAGUACACCGCCCAGAAUGCCGAUGAUUACUAUAGUCAAGCGCAGACUGUCAACUUGGAUGCGGAUGUGGCUGGCAAAUAUACCAAGCCGGAGGAGGCCCACUGGCUGGUGCGGCGCAUUUACUUCCUCAGCUGGAUCACCAGCUAUGAUCGGGAGCAGGCAUUUGCGGAUCUGAUAGCCGGAAUUACACUGGGACUGACCAUUAUUCCGCAGAGCAUUGCCUACGCCGCGCUGGCUGGUCUCUCCUCGGAGUACGGCCUGUACUCCGCCUUCAUUGGGUCGAUCAUCUAUGUGUUCUUCGGCACGAUACCGCAAGUGUCCAUUGGUCCCACCAGCCUGAUGGCCAUCCUCACGCUGCAAUUUUGUGCGGAUAAGCCGGUGCAGGUGGUCAUCGUCCUGGCUUUUCUCGCCGGCUUGGUGGAACUGGCCAUGGGCGUAUUUCAGCUGGGCUUUAUAGUCAGCUUUAUUCCGGCUCCAGUGACCAAGGCCUUUACCUCGGGCACAGCGGUGAUUGUGGUAUUUGCUCAGAUCAAGAAUCUACUGGGAGUUCGCCUCAAAGGAUUUCCCUCCAUCGCUGACUUCUUUACCAACAUUCGUCCUACGGACGCCGUCAUGGGAGUAUUCUGCAUGGUUGUGCUGCUUUCGUUGAGGCUCCUAUCGCAGGUGAAAUUCAAGCAGGACACGGCUGUGACGCGUCGGCUGAAAAAGAUCCUGUGGUACAUCAGCAUCUCCCGCAACGCCCUGGUUGUCUUUUUCACCGGCCUACUGGUGUUCAUCUGGGUGAAAAAGAGCUCCAUUGAGGCGGUGCCCUUUGCCCUCUCAGCGAAGGUGUCCUCGGCCAUGCCCUCGUUCAAGCUUCCGCCCUUUGCCUUUGAGUACCAAAACCGUACCUACGUCUUUACAGAUAUCCUGCACGAGCUGGGCAGCGGCAUCGUUGUGGUGCCCAUUGUGGCGGUUCUCGCUAACGUGGCCAUUGCCAAGGCUUUCGUCAAGGACGGCAAUUUGGAUGCCUCGCAGGAGAUGCUGACCCUGGGUCUGUGCAACAUAGCCGGCUCCUUCUUCAGUGCCAUGCCCACCUGCGGAGCUUUUACCCGCUCGGCGGUGAGUCAGGCGUCUGGAGUAAGGACCCCCAUGGCUGGCAUAUACACCGGAUUGAUUGUGCUCUCCGCUCUGAGCAUCCUGACCCCCUACUUCCAAUAUAUUCCCAAGGCCUCCCUCUCCGCUGUGCUCAUAGCAGCGGUCAUCUUUAUGAUUGAUCUGGCUCCGGUCAAAGAGCUGUGGCAGACCAACAAAAAGGACUUCUUCAGCUGGGUGGGCAGCUUCAUCAUAUGCCUGGUGGCCGGCGUGGAGUUGGGCCUGCUCUUCGGCAUUGUGCUCAGCAUGAUCUUUAUCCUGCUGCGCCUGGGCAAUCCCAAAAUAGAAGUGUCCCUGAAGAAGCACGAGUCCACCUACUAUGUGCAUGUGGUGCCCCAGUCGGAUAUCUACUACACCGGCGUGGACACACUCCGGGCGGAGUUGCGGGCUGCCUGCAGUCUCUAUCACCACGACUUCCCCGUGAUCCUGGACUGCGCUCGCUUCAUGCAGUUCGAUGCCACCUUCAGUGAAAUGCUGAUUGCUGUGGCCAAGGAGAUGGCCGCCAACGAUGUGCUGCUCAUCUUGCAGAACAUGAGCCUGAAGGUGCAGCAGAUGCUGCCGGUGAUUAGCAAUGUGCGCUUCUGGCACGAGGAUGGCGACCUGUCGUCUCACCUGCAGCCGGAGAAGGAGAUGGCGCCGCCUCAGCUAGAAGCCAAGGUUUAGCCCAAGAUCCUACUCCAAUCCUCAAUUACCGCCGCUGCCGCCUGACGUCACGAGAAUAAUUAUCUCCGGCUGACGUUCGCGUGUGGGACUCGACGGUGUUGGCGGCGGAACUUGCGUAAUUUAGCCGCUUAGAUUUAGUUGUUUAGCUUAGCGACUUUGUAAAUACUUAAAUGCAUCCACUAAAUAUAUAAUAUAGCUUUCACGAACAAACAAA